AUGUCGGACGAGGAUCAGAGAGUCCUGGCGGUCAAGACGGUUGCGGCUGUCUUCAUGCCGAUAGCAACCAUAGCGGUCAUGCUGCGCUGCUAUGUACGUGGAUGGGUCGUGAAAGCAUUUGGUUGGGAUGAUGGUGCAAUGGUGUUCGCCGCUUUAUUUUACGUCAUGUUUUCUGCUUGCAUGAUUGGUGGCACACUCUAUGGCACUGGCCGGAAAUUCGAGCACCUUACAGCACACCAACGAGUGACAGCAAUGAAGUAUUGGUGGCUCUGCGAAGUUGCUUAUUGCUUUGCUUCCAUCGGAUGCAAAAUCUCUAUCUGCGUUUUCCUUAUGCGAAUUACCGUCAAACGAACCCACAUCUGGACCCUCUAUACAGUCAUGGUCCUCACAGUCCUCGCUGGACUCGUCUUCUUCUUCCUUAUGCUACUGCAAUGCAAGCCGCUCUCAUACUUCUGGACCAGAACCGCCUUGGAUCCAUCGAUUGAAGGCUACUGCAUCAGUAUCAACAUCAUCAUCGUCAUGACAUACAUCUACAGUGCGUUUGCUGCGCUUUGUGAUUUCACAGUUGGCAUUCUGCCUAUUUUCCUGGUCUCCAAACUUCAUAUGAAGCGAGAGGCGAAAUUAGCUGUUAUUGGCAUUCUGAGCAUGGCUUGCGUUGCCUCUUCCGCCGUGAUCAUUCGUUUCCCAUUUGUGAAAACAUUUGCCGAUGAGGACUUCCUCUAUGCGACUUACCAAAUUGCUGUCUGGUCUAACAUCGAGGCUGGGCUAGGUAUCACCGCUGGUAGUCUCGCCACGCUCCGACCCUUGCUCCGGCAAUGGCUUGGUUCCCGAAACGACUCAAGAUAUCCUUCUGGGUUUCCCAACUCUGGCCGUCUAGGCGCAAACAGCAACUCCCGACCGGUGCCACUUGGUUCGGUGGAUGGAACUGGGCAAAAGAGCUUGAGGCCGGAUAAAUUGGCAGUCAUGGUGACGAAUAUUGAAAGUCAGAGGGAUACGGAGUUGACAUGGGGCGGCUCGACUAGCCCCAGCAGCAGUGAGGAAAGACUCACUAUGGAGCAACAACUCCCGACCUCAAGAAAAAUGGAUAUCGGCAUCCAUCGGACAUUCGAAGUCACACAAACUACUGAUGGCUAUGAUGCAGAGGGUUCUCAUCGCAUGGCGAGGGAACAUGUAUAG